CAUAUACAUAUGGAAUUUGACCGAGGUUACAUUGUCUUUGUUCUAUCCUACCGAUUUUUGGUACCGCGGUGAAUUGUGUUUUGUAAUACUAGAUUUAAUAUUAUCGUAACUUCAAUACUACUAAUUAAAAGGUGUUAUAUCAAGAAAUGGAUAAUUCAAUAAUAUUCAACUCUCCGGAACUAGAAAAACGGUCAACUUUAAGUUCCAGCUCACCGAAUUUUCAACGCAGCAGUAUACUGACUCCAUGUCGGCGCGUCGGAUUGCCAAGGAAGUCUGAUUUUUCAGUUCCUUUUUCGCCAGUCUGUGCUCUCAAUGAUGUGCCACUUACCAGUAAUGAUGAAACAUUCCGUUUCUUGGAAUUGCACACCGUUGUGGAUGAUGAUGUUAAGAAGUGUGAUGAAAUUGAUACUACAGGCAGCAGUGCUUGCAAACACAGCCGAAAUUUGGAAGAAAAAGCAGAUCCCAAGGACUGUCCAGUAAAUUCUAAGAAAUUUAAACUGAUGACAAGCAGUUACAAAAAUUUGGCAGUUACUGCUUUCGGGAAUUUCCCAAAAGUGAAUAAUGAAUGUGACUCAGAUGUAAAGUCCUGCUCAUUUGGCACUAAUGAGGGUGAAGGACCAGAGCACAAUGAAAAUUUCUUGAUAAAUCCUCAAAAUACUGAUAAAUAUUUUGACGAUAUUACAUUUGUACAGCAAGGUAUUUCAAUGGAAUUCACCAUUAAUAUCAUGCAGAACAAGUUGGAUGAUGUUGAGAAUAUGAUUAGGAAGAAAGAAAACAUACUUUCUGACUUAGAACAAAAGUAUAAAAAUAAACAGUGGCUGACGGCGGAGCUGAGGGAGGAGACGGGGCGCUGGCUGGCGGGCGGGCGAGCCGCGGCCGGGGAGCUGCUGGCCCGCCACAAGGACGCGGACGGCUCUGUGACGAUGGCACGGCUGCUGGGCGGGCUGGGCGUGCCCCCGCGCCUGCUGCGCUACGACCCCGAGCUCGACGAGUUCCAGUGAGUACAGUCCCCUGUCAAACUCUUGUGCGCUCUUUCAUCACACCAUCGUCUUUGCAGUCCACAACCUACUCCGUUUCAUAACUUAAACAAAUGUGACAUGCAUGUUAUAUUUUGUUACAGAGUGCACUAGAAGUAAAUGCUCUGACGACCCAUUACUCUCUUGUUUAAAGUGUCAUGCUUAAAAAAUUGGUCAGUGAGAGAUUACAAUUAUCAGGUUAUUUUUUAGUUUCUUGAGAAAAGGUUUCCAAGAGUCAACCUUUUUUUAUGAGCUGUGUGUAUUUUUUUUCGCAAGGAUUUGUUCCUCAAUACUUAUGUAGAUUUGUGUCCAAUGUGCUGACCAAUGUGUUAAGACUCAAAAGCUGCAUCUGUGUAUUGUAUUUGGCAUGUGCAAGUGUUGGUUUUCUUUUGUGAAUUAAAGUAUAUGUGAAAAGGGUAUUUUGUGUUAGUAGUUUUUUUUUCAAAUGUAAGAACUUUCAAAUAAUGUACUAUCUGUUACGAAAAACUACAGCUGAAAAGUUUAAAUUGGUGUAAAGAUUCUGUUGAUAACUACUCGUUGCAUGUAUACAGAAGAUCUUCAUGUGUUAAGACUCAAAAGCUGCAUCUGUGUAUUGUAUUUGGAAUGUGCAAGAGUUGGUUUUCUUUUGUGAAUUAAAGUAUAUGUGAAAAGGGUAUUUUGUGUUAGUAGUUUUUUUUUCAAAUGUAAGAACUUUCAAAUAAUGUACUAUCUGUUACGAAAAACUACAGCUGAAAAGUUUAAAUUGGUGUAAAGAUUCUGUUGAUAACUACUCGUUGCAUGUAUACAGAAGAUCUUCAUGUGUUAAGACUCAAAAGCUGCAUCUGUGUAUUGUAUUUGGAAUGUGCAAGAGUUGGUUUUCUUUUGUGAAUUAAAGUAUAUGUGAAAAGGGUAUUUUGUGUUAGUAGUUUUUUUUUCAAAUGUAAGAACUUUCAAAUAAUGUACUAUCUGUUACGAAAAACUACAGCUGAAAAGUUUAAAUUGGUGUAAAGAUUCUGUUGAUAACUACUCAUUGCAUGUAUACAAAAGAUCUUCAUGUAUUUAGUUAAGAGACUUAACUAUAGAUUUAAAGACAUAAUGUACAACAUUCACAGCUCAGAAUAUUUGAGGAUGCCCUUAGGUCAUGAAUGCGGGGCAGUUACACUCGUGACGAGGGUCACGGGUCUGUCGUCGACCUCCCAACAGGAGUUGGAUGGUUCGAAGCAUACUAUAAUCUUGAUGGUCCAGUCACCUCAGAUCUCUGUCCAUGGUUGUAUGGUUGUAUUUACCUAAUUGCAGCAUCAUGUGUAAGAGCCUACUAGAGGUGGGUUGUUACAGCAAUUUUCUGUAUCUGUUCCAACCAGUUACUGAUACAGUAAUGUACUGGUUAUAAGUAGCUGAUACUUCUGUAUCAGCUACAGCAGUAGCGGUCCCAGGAAGUAACAAGGUAUCAGCAUUCUCGUUACCGGUUUCACAUCCUCCGUGCCGUCAUCACCAGCGUAAAAAGGUAUCAGUUUUCUCAUUCUACAUUCUUCGUAGUUGAAAAAAGGUAUCUGUGUUCUCUUUCCACGACUUUCGUAAUCUGCAGAGCUACAAAGAAAAGCUAUCAGAUAAAUUACGAGCAUUAUGUCCACAGCACCCCCCCCCCCCUCUUCAUACUUCAUUCCCCCCCUUUCCCGACGUUAAAGGAGUAUUUCUCUCUCUCUUCCAACCUCCCCUCCCUGUUCUUACUUCUCUCCAACAGUAAAAAAAAAAAAGUUCCGCGUGCGCAGACCGCUUGACUGUAAGGAGAAUCUAGUACAUUAUUUAUCACGCCCGGUAAUUCUAUACCUCUGUUACACUCAUGCCUGCCUGAUAGUUGAGACCAUAUUUCCUAUUAUUUCCGACACUUCUUUACAAGUCACAAAAAUAUAGACAGAAAAAAAGUGUGAUCACAAUUUACACAUUUUCAUCAAACGUGUAAGUUAAGAAAAUAAUGCAAUACUUAUUUGUUAAAUAGUGACUGAACUUGCAAAGUGUUUUUUUUUUUUUUUAUCGAUAUUGGCACUGCUAUCUGCCUGAAGUAACUCAAAUGUCUAUUGAUAUAGUCAGUAUGCUCACUAAUGUACCUAUCUGUAUUUUUAAUUUUUGAUAAAAUCGUAAUCUUUUAAUGUAUGAAAACACUAGUUACUAAUUGUUUUGGAAAUAAAAAAGUCCAUAUGUUGAUUACAUCUGUUAUUAGGGUCAACUGAGAAUUUAUUUGCAUUUUCAUAGCUGUUCCAACGUGCACAAAUAUAAAUAAUAUAUCUUUUAUUAAUGUCCUUUUUAAUUUAAAAUUAUUAGUUUUCUCAUUGAACGGGACGGUGUUUUAGCUUUGCUGCCUAGAUCAUAGAUCCACAUAUCUAUCACCUAAGAAUGAUGGAUCUAGAACCAGUGUCCUUGGUCUUGUAUCGCUAUUGGCGUACGAGCUAGAAUCUUCAGUCUUUGCAAGAAGCACACACUUCACACUGAGCGUACUUUGAUGUGAGACAAUAAACAAAACGACUCGUAACGAUUUCGCUCUGCGCCUCUCCUUCAACGCCUUCCCCUGCGCCUCCUCCCCUACAUUUUUUCCCUUCUUUAUCCCUUAUUCGUCGUUCCUGCUCCCUCCCCUUUCACAAGCUCCGCCCAAGUGACCGUCAUCUGCGAUCGGGUUCUGCGCACAUUGGCCGUGGUGUUGUUCCAGGCGAAUUCUGAACUGAUACUAAAGUACUUGAUACUUUUCAAGUGUACUCGUUUGCCAUUCCUGAUACAGGCAUGUAUCAGUUACAAAGUAGCAGAUUGAUACUCUGCAACCCACCUCUAAAACUGUAUGCUUAUAAGUGACAUUCAGUUAGACAUUUAGUGGUCUCUCUCAAAAAAAGCUAAAUGUAAAGAUACAAACGUGUGAAUAUAAGAUAACUGUCGUCACAUCGUAAAAUUUCAAACAUAUUAUCAAUAUUCUUUAAAAGUGUAAUUAUUUAGAAAGUUGUAGAACUGUACUCCUUUAUGCAUUAUGUUUUUCUUGUAAUUCAUUUUGCUUAAGGGCAAUUUGUUGUCUCGGAAAACAAUUUUACUAUUUGUUAUGUAUUGUACCUACAACAAAUGUAUAAUAUCUGAAAUGUUUUCUAAAUAAAAAUUUGAUUCUCUACUGUGAAA